UCCAAGAAAGCAAGAAAAUUGACAAGAGACAUUGUACAGUCUACUCUGCUUUCAAUUGAGCUCCAUUUUUCCUUCACUUGCUCGUGCAUCAAACAUAUGCGGAGACCAGACCUUGUUAACUUCAUUAGCCACAACAGUUGAAGAAUUUUGUCAUUCUCUUACGCCUGUUAUGGCUCCUGCCAAGAAAUCGAAGAAAACUAAGAAAUCUUCGAAGAAAUUGAAGAAAAACAAAAGCCUAAGCGUGGUUCCAGUGGAACCCAGAGUUAGCGAACCCGAUUGGUGGGACAGUUUCUGGCACAAGAACUCUACAACCCCAGGAAGUGAGUCCCAACUGGCCGGUCUUUCAAUACCAUCAAAUGAGGAAGAAGGUUUCAAGUAUUUCUUCAGGGCUGCAAGGAAGACAUUUGAUUACAUUUGUUCCCUUGUGAGAGAAGACCUUGUGUCAAGGCCACCUUCAGGGCUUAUCAACAUUGAGGGAAGGCUUCUCAGUGUUGAGAAACAAGUUGCAAUUGCCCUUAGAAGGCUAGCUUCCGGUGAGUCUCAGGUGUCUGUUGGAGCUUCUUUUGGGGUUGGCCAAUCUACAGUUUCUCAAGUGACUUGGAGAUUUAUUGAAGCACUGGAAGAACGUGCCAAGCACCAUCUCAAGUGGCCUGAUUCCAAUAGAAUGGAGGAAAUCAAAUCGAAAUUCGAAGUGUUAUUUGGGUUGCCUAAUUGUUGUGGAGCUAUAGAUGCAACACAUAUUAUCAUGACUCUUCCAGCUGUUCAGACCUCGGAUGAUUGGUGUGACCAAGAAAGCAAUUACAGUAUGUUCUUGCAGGCAAUUGUUGACCAUGAAAUGCGAUUUCUUGAUUUUGUAACAGGUUGGCCUGGCGGCAUGAGUGUAUCUAGAUUACUCAAAUGUUCAGGAUUUUUCAGGCUCUGUGAGGCUGGUGAGCGUUUGAAUGGAAGUAUAAGGACUUUGUCAGAAGGAUUAGAAAUGAGAGAAUUCAUAGUAGGUGGCGCUGCAUAUCCUCUUCUUCCCUGGCUCAUAACUCCAUAUGAAACUAAUGGCCUCUCAUCCUCCAUGUCUACUACUUUUAAUGACAAGCAUGAAUCAGCAAGGUUGCUUGCAGUGAGGGCAUUUUUGCAGUUAAAGGGCAGUUGGAGAAUCCUUAACAAAGUCAUGUGGAGACCUGAUAAGCGGAAAUUGCCUAGUAUCAUUUUGGUGUGUUGUUUACUUCACAAUAUUAUCAUUGACAAUGGAGAUCACUUACAUCCUGAUGUUGCUUUAUCUGGUCAUCAUGACUCGGGUUAUGGAGAAGAAUGCUGCAAGCAGGUUGAUCCAACAGGCAAAACAAUGCGGGAAAACCUAGCCAAAAACUUGUUGCAAAGUAAAGUGAAAGCUCCAGCAAAGUAAUCGGGCAAGAUAAAGAGCAUCUUAGUUUGAGCCUCAAUUGUGUUUUGAAAAGGUGCAAUAGGGUGGACCCCUAAAACAACAAUGAUUUUUUCUUUGCACAAAAAUGAAUAACUGUUCUUAACGUACGUAUUGCCUUUAUUUUUUGUAGACAUGAGAGCAGGUUUUGGGUAUGCUGUUGGUAAUUCUGUAUUUGGAAAGUCCAGGUCUAGCUUUGGAAUGAGACUCAAAUCUAUGAGCCUUUUAAUGAUCAUGUCAUAAUUUUUCUUC